CAGAGAGUGACAUAACUUUUGAAGCUUAUUUAAAUUAUUCACGACUAAGUUGUUAUUAUAGUAGUAUUCUAUAAUAACUACCUAAUGAAGCACCUGAUAAAAUAUAAGUUAGUUUUUUUCUAUACUUUGAUAAAAAGUAAAGCAAAUGAUGGCCUCAUUUAGUAAUUUUGAACUUGUGUUUUGGUGCUUUCUUUUCUGUGUAUGCAAAUCGAACUGCCUUAUUAGUUAUCUAUUUGGAGGAGUGGCAGACAGAAUCAAGUUUUAUGAUGAUAAAGACAAUCUUCACUACAUCGACUUAAAUACUUCACUCGAUUCAUUAUUAGAUUCAUAUUUGGCACGCCGACAUUUCUCCGGUAGCUCUCGCUUUUGGCUCUACACAAGGGAUAACGUAAAUGAACACGAAGAACUGUUCACACGAUUCUCAUUAAAUUCCUUGAAAAGAGGAAAGAAAAACAGUCUGUACAGACGAGAUAGGCCAUUGGUCAUGGUGACGCAUGGCUGGAUGAGCAAUGGAAAUAGCAAUGCUACUCAGUUGAUAAAGAACGCUUAUCUAAAAAUGAAAGACGUUAAUGUGGUAAUAGUAGACUGGCAAAGAGAUGCCGCUCAUGAAAACUACCUGUCUUCAGCGUCUUUGACAAUGCUUGUGGCUGAAAAGGUUAAAGACAUGGUUUUAUCACUGGCUUUCAAGUAUCAGCUUGAAGGUAGAAGCGUUCAUUUGAUUGGUCACAGUUUGGGAGCGCAUGUCAUGGGAUUAACAGGCGCAAAACUCAAAGAUAAUAAGUUUCCCGUUGCGCGAGUUACAGGUUUAGACCCAGCAGGUCCCUUCUUCGAAAUACCAAACUAUCUACCGGGUAUUACAAGCGAAGCUGCCUCUUUCGUGGACAUCAUUCACACCGACAGCGGUAUUCUGGGGUACUUCACCAAUAUAGGCGAUGCGGACUUCUAUCCCAACGGGGGCAACUGGCAGCCUCACUGCUGCGACAAUCAAGACACAUUGAGCUGUGAACACAAAUGUGCCUACGUUUACUUUGCAGAGUCCAUAGUUAAUCGCAGUGAAUACAUGUCCGUAAAAUGUGAUUCCUACAUCUCGUAUGAAACUGGUUCAUGUGGCGACAAUGAGAAGCAGUUCAUGGGACUAUACAGUCUUUCUACGGCACAAGGCUCUUUCUAUCUCGAUAUUGACAGCUAGAAAUCUUUAUGGUGUAGUUUAAUUAAUGGCAAAAUAUAAUAUAACAUUAUUUAGGUAGGUAGUUAAUAAUAUAC